AUGACAGAUAUACAGGUGGCGUCUUUGCCUCAAGCGCUUUUUGGAAGAGAUAUUCUCGGUGCUGCUAAAACUAGGUCCGGAAAGACUCUUGCUUUUGUUAUUCCGGUCCUGGUGAAGCUGCAUAGAGAGAGAUGGGGUCCUGAGGAUGGAGUAGGCAGCAUCAUAAUAUCUCCCACAAGGGAACUAGCUGGUCAGCUUUUUGAUGUAAUAAAAACUGUUGGGAAGCAUCAUAAUUUUAGUGCUGGCCUUCUAAUUGGUGCUCGAAAGGAAGUUGACAGUGAGAAAGAGCGGGUGAAUGAGCUGAAUAUUCUAGUUUGUACUCCUGGACGUCUUCUUCAGCAUAUGGAUGAGACUCCAAAUUUUGAUUGUUCUCAGCUUCAGGUUUUGGUCCUUGAUGAGGCUGAUCGUAUUCUCGACAUUGGUUUUAAGAAGACCUUAAAUGCAAUUGUAUGGCAGUUACCAAAGCGUAGACAAACAUUGCUAAAAAUAGUUGAAAAAAUAGUCACUCAAAUUUUAAUUUAA